UUUUUUUAUAUACUCAUGAUGCAGGGCCUGCUGGAUAGGGCGCCAUUUCUGGGCAAAAUACGGCACUCGCCGCACACAAUCUGGGCCAUGGCGAGCAUAUUUCUAUUCAUCGACACAUUUAUCUACUCGCUGACUGUCGCCAACCUUCCGGAUAUCCUGCAGGACACAAUGCAUGUCUCCGAAUCAUCAAAUGGUGUGGUGACUGCCAUGUUCGGCAUAGGUGCUAUAUUUGGUGGCUCCAUCGCCGGCAUGCUCAGCGACAGGCUGCAUUUCCGCUGGAAUCUGCAGCUCGCUGCAGCACUAACAUACACUACAGCAGGUGUCGUAUUCUACAUUUCAAAGCACUACUACCAGCUGCUCCUUUUCCGCUUUAUCAACGGUAUUGCAUCCGGUAUGGCCUGCACCAUGCUCUACUCGGCCGUCGGCGACGUGUAUCCUGCAAACCUGCUAGGGUUCAAGGUGGCAAUCGUGUAUUUUGCAAACAACAUUGCCUACACUAUUGGACCAGUGGUGGGGGAGCGGCUGUUUGAUGCGGAUGGGAUCCACGGGACAUCGUCGAUUGUCAUUGCUUUCGGGAUAUUCGAGGUGGUCGCCCUGAACCUGUUUAUCAAGGACUCACUGGUCUUGCGCAAGGAGCUGAACCUGGCUGAGCCACCAGUUGGCGGGCUGCUGGACACCAGCUCCAAUAACCCCUCGUCUCGAAAGGACUACCCAACCAGCGACGAAAUCGAUGGUGGCUUUUGUCCGAGCCCCGCUGGCUACUCGGAGGCCAACUCAACGACAAAGGCAAUGCGGCACGCAGGUCAGGUGGCAGGAAGCGAGCAGGCGGGAAUCCCACUCUGGAAGCUCGUGUUGCGCUUGCCUGUGUUUGUGGCGAUAGUAGCGAUUGUUGCGUCAAUCGGCGUGCAAUGCACACUCGAGGGACUGGUUCCUUUGCACCUGGACGACAAGUUUGGAAAAUCAGACAGCAGCAUGGCUUUUGUGAUCUUUGGCUUGGCGCUGACUAUUUUCGUCCCCUGCGUCGGGUCCCUUUCAGAUUGGCUCAUCGAAAAGUGGGGUGAGUCGAUGCGGUACUACACCAUGCUCUUUGGAUCCAUCGCCUCCAUAUUCACGAUGCUGAUCAUGGCUCUUGCAAACACAUACGCGGUCAUGAUGGUUGGAUACGUGCUCUUUGCGUUCACCAACCUGUGCAUGGUUAUUCCAAGCCAAAGUGCUUUUGGCGAUUUUGUCAACUACACAAAGGUGGACUCUAUGGCCCAGAGCUACGCGCUAUCGACUGUGGCAUGGGCUAUUGGUGCUAUUGCAUUGCCGCCGAUCGGCACUGCACUGUAUUCAGACUACGGAUUUACUAAGCCACUUAUCGGCAUCAGCACAGCAAUAUGUUUGUUUUGUGCUGGUGCAUGUGCGAUAUACCCGAUUCGUGAGCGUAUGAGGGGGAUAAAAUAAUAAAAC